UGGGUUGCCAAGGCUCCAUCCAAACAAACUUCUCUCUUCCAUCUCCCACCUAUGAAAUUUGUUGGAAAGGUGUCUCCUUUUCAGUGGUUCCAAUUGCAGAGAGCUUUCCGCGGCUGCUGGAGGAGCAACUGCUUUCUUAAACUGCUCCCCAGCCAGGGUUGGCAUUGUCGCCUUUUCUUUCCCCUCCCUGAAUGCACAAGUUUCCAGUGAAUGGGCUGUGGAGCAUGAAGUGUAUGGAGAAGGAAACAGGGAGCUUUGGAGGAAAUGUUGGGGCCCGUCUCGGGCAAUAGAGUAAAUCUGCUUUGGAGAAAGCCCCUUUCGCCGAGCUGUGGCAAACCUUGCUGAUGGCAUCUGUCCCACAUGAGACAACAUGACGCUGCAGUCUACAUGGUCAAAGGAAGGAGCAAUGGAUUCAAACUACAAGAAAGAAGAUUCCACCUAAACAUUAGGAAGAACUUCCUGACAGUAAGAGCUGUUUGGCAGUGGAAUUUGCUCCCAAGGAGUGUGGUGGACUCUCCUUCUUUGGAGGUCUUUAAGCAGAGGCUUGACAGCCAUCUGUCAGGAAUGCUUUGAUGGUGUUUCCUGCUUGGCAGGGGGUUGGACUGGAUGGCCCUUGUGGUCUCUUCCAACUCUAUGAUUCUAUAAUCCACGAAGGAGCCCACAGGUAGUGUUACCAGUGGGGCACAUUCAAGCGACCACUAGCAGUCUCUGGAUUCCUCACUGCCCCGCUGACAUUUUUGUCCUGCGGCUUUGGCGAGCCAUGGCUGGCAAGGCAGCGGAGCCCCGCGUCCCUGUGACUUUGCAGAAGUCGCGGCUGAAGGCUGAGGAGAAGGUCCUAGACUUGGACUUUGAGCUGGGGAGCGUGCAGUUCAACGAGGCCGGGAGGUAUGCUCUGAGGCUGACGGUGGAGAAUCCACUGCUGGAGGGAUCCGGAGCUGGGGUGCAACUGCGGGUGAACGAGGGGGACCCCCUUUACAUCAACACGGCCACGACCGACAUUGUCGAUCAAAGCAACCUGAAUGAAGUAUAUGCGUUUGAGAAGAGGCGGUUCCUUUUUACCUUGCCUAGAGGCUUCUGCAAAAAUGACAAAAACCACGACGCCCGGCUGCGAAUUGAAGCCCUGCGCCUUCGCGGUUCCUCGCUGAGGACCAGUGUCCGGGCCGGGGAAGCUUUCUUCGCAAUCUACCCCCGCACCAACCAGCCCCGGAUGAAUCUCUUUGCCAGCAGAGACGAGGACCUGUACCGCUAUGGUGACAUCAUGGUGCUGCUGCGGGUGGGCAGCGACGACCUGGCCAUGCAUUGUGGGAGGCUGGCCUAUGCGGUGUCGUUCCAUGAGCACCGGCCCGUUGCCAAGAAGCAGGCCCCCACCAGUCCUCUGCCACCCCCCAAGCUGAAGGAGAGGAGCCUGCCGGCUGGAACCAACUCCCCAGCACCUCCCCAGUCUCUGCCCAUCCCACAGCAGAUUCACCUUGCAUCUGCACCUGAGCCACGCCCUCGGCCCACGGAGGAGGCCUGCACAUCAGGGUUGCUGCCCAGCCUACCUCAACAGGAAGCCUCUCCUGGAGCCAUUAAAGAGUUUUCUGAUGAACAGCUGUCAUCAUCAUCUCUGCCAUCCUCUUCCGCCUCCUCCUCACCAGCCUUGCCAAGGCGAUUGCCAAGUGAUGCCAGACUCUGCCUCCCUUCGCCAGGAUACAGCCCCGAGCUGCUUUUUGAGAAUAUAUUUUCAGGGGUGCUGGUGAAGGAGGAUCCUGCAGGGCCAGGAACGCCAACUUCCAAACCCAGCGCCUUGCACUUGGCUAAUCCUGAGAUGGAAUCCAUUGAGGUCACGCUGCAUGGGGCCAGCAAUCUUCCCUCAAACAAGAAGGGCAAUGUACCCAGUCCCUAUGUCAUCGUAAAAACCACCUCGGAUGAAGACAGCAAGCAGCCAGCCCAGGGCGUGACUCACGUGGCUGCCCAGCCAACCCACAGACCGAUCUGGGAGGAGACAGUGGCUGUGGAAAUUAAUCAGGAGAAGGCAGAAGAAGAAGACAUUUCCCUGAUCGUGGCCGACAAAGACACCAAAGAGAUCUUGGCCAAAUACAGCAUCCCUGUGAAGCACCUGCAGCCCUUUCAUCCCUACCACUGUGCCCUAGUGCUGCCUAGGAAGAAGGACCCAGCGGGGACCAAGCUGCAUGUCACCAUAACCCGUAAAGGCAGUCUCAUCCCCCGCUACCCUGGAAUGAAUUACACAGGCUUGGAGGUAUUCCUCAAGGGGAUCAAUGAGCCUCUGGAAGAGCCCGACGGCACCGUCUUAGCCGUUGGCCGGAUAGUGAACAACGUCAAAGCUUACAUGAAAGAGAUGAAGGCCCGGCCGCUUGAUGCUCACCCGGUCCCAGAGAAAGACAUCACCUUCCCAGAUCCUCCAAUGCAGGCUUUUGAGGUCCCACGAGUCACCAACCAAGGACACCCACAGGUUUCUCCAGCUGCUGGACCUCCUGAGCAGCCAACGUGGAACAUGUCCUACCUGUUCCAAGGACGGGAUGGAGCCACAGCUUUCUCGGACGAUACCGCCCUGGUGAUUGAAUACUACAAAAAAAAUCCGGAUGGAGACCUGGAAAUUCCACCAAAGUCUUUGGGCUUCUCUGUGCUGCCACUAAGUAAUCGUGUCUAUCGGAAGCUUGUGGCGGACAGUAGCAGGAAUGGAGUUCGUGUAGAAAACCUUCCCAUCCAGAAUACAGACCUGCGCACCACAAGUGGAGAAGUUCCAACUGUCGAGCUUGGUGUUCAGUUGAUAAAUUCAGAGAGGCCAGACCUGUUUUUGACAUCAUCCACCACAGAUGGCCUUCCUGUCCUGGAUCCAGAACUGGUGGGGCAGCUGGGGACCAUCAAGGAGCCCUGGACAAGUAUGGUGCCCCGAAAAGAGAAAUCCUUCAUUGCUCCUGAACCCAAGAAAUCCUUGAUUGACCUGAGGGAGGUAAAUCCAGAUGAGUUGCCACCCCACGAUGCUGUGAUGGAGAUCCUCCCAGAGAAGCGUCCCAGGCCCAUCGUCGAGGAGGUCCCAGAUCCGGAGAUGGACAAUUACCAUGCGGCCAUGCAGAGGAUGGCGGAUGAUAUCCUGUCCCUGCGCCAGCACGUCACCAACCUGGAGUCUGAGAACAGCACCCUGCGACGCAGUCUCAACAUGCACGAAGAUGUGGGCCGUGUCAUGCUUCAUGACAUAGACCCUGACGUCAUGACAAAGGCCGAAAUCAUUGACAGGAUAUUAACCCUCAAGCAGAAACUAAGUGCUGGGGCUCGGGAGAUGGCCAGAAUGAAGGACCGGGUUCAAAGGCUGCAGAAUGAACUGAUUCGGAAAAAUGACCGAGAAAAGGACCUCGUGAUGCUGCAACGAGCUCACCAGCAGCAGCAAAUGGUGCUAAGGAAAUACCAGGCCAAGAUCUCCAAGAUGCAAACUCUGGAAGAUGCGGUGAAGAAACAGGAAAAGGUGAUUGAGAGGAUGGAGAUGAUGCUGGAAGGGAAGAUGAAGGAGCGGUCAAAAGAGGACCUCCCAUUUUCAGAUGCAUCCCUCGGCUCAGUUCCAGGUGACAACUGGUCCAAGGGUUUCUACUCCACCUUGAUGAUGGAGAACAUGAGGCUGCGAGAUGAACUGGGCAAGUCCUCCAGCUAUCGUUCCCCCAUCAUAUUGCAGCAGCAAGCACUACCGGAUACGUUUUCCAACAGCAACGAAAAGCUCUCUUUGAUUUCAAAACUGGAGAGGGCAGAGGCUCGCAUCAAUGCCUUGGAGUGCCAGCUGGAGGACUCUGCCAGGAAAUGGGGGCGAGAGAAGCAGGACUACAGCACCCGACUUCUGGAGCGCGAUCUUGGAUUGGACCUGUCACCAACCCCUCUACUCUUAGGGGACACAUUUCUGAAGACUCAUCCAAAUUAGCAGACUCAGCUCGAGAAGUAUUGGAGCCUUCGUCCUUUGUGCAACCUGUGGCGAUCUACGCUCAAUGGCUGGGCAGAUCAUCUUUUGUGAAUAUGCCCCUCAAGUUUUAUACCCCUUCCUCAAGAGACUGAAUGGAGCAUAGCAUUCCCUAACAAACUUUUAUUAAAGUUUUGGCAUACAUUCCCCCCCAAAUGGAUACUUUCAAGAUCAAUGGACUCCCACCAGCUGAUGCCGAUUUGCUUGGAAAGAAGAAAAUUACUGGAAAUGCAGGUGGAGGGAGGGCAGAAGCAUCCUGGAGGUGGGGUGGAGGUCAUACCUGCCAAGUUCCUCUCUGAAAAAUAAGGGACCGGACCGGAAGUAGCAUACCGGAAGUAGCG